AAGGACUAAAAGAAAAUUCCUAAAACUCUUCCACCCAAGUAGGCAGUCUACAUACGGAGUCUAACCACUGAAAAGGUUGACUAGCCACCCAAAGCUGUCCUAUAAAUUCUCUCCACUGCCUUCCAUUUCCCCUGGCUCUUUACACUUCUCCUUUUUGCCUUGCUUCAACAAGAAACGAAAAGAGAGGAGUUUUGAACCUUUGAGCUUGAUCUUCCUUGUAGUUUCCUUCCUUCAACCAACAUGAUAAUCCUCAGGUGUAUUGGGUUUUUGUUCUUGAGUUGUAUAGCAGCUAGAAUGAACACAUUCUCCAACCUCCCUUCCAUCAUCCCUACUGCAUCAGAUUUGGAGUCCGCCAUCAUCUCUUCAUUGAAAACACUGAAGCUUGAUGGGCAUUUUUCUUUUGAUAAUGUUCACCAUGCAGCCAUGGACUUUGGCAACCAAUCCCAUUCCCUUCCAUGUGCAAUCCUACAUCCGGAGUCAGUUUCAGAUAUUGCGAAAACCAUAAAGCAUAUCUUCCAUAUGGGUACCAGCUCAAUGCUCACAGUUGCAGCUAGAGGCCACGGCCACUCAGUUCAAGGCCAGUCACAAGCCCAUGGAGGCGUUGUCAUCAACAUGGAAUCACUCCGGGAACCAGAAAUGCAGGUUCAUGCCGGUGAGCUCCCUUUCAUGGAUGUCUCUGGUGGUGAGCUUUUGAUAAAUAUCCUGCAUGAAAGCCUGAAAUAUGGGCUUGCGCCGAAAUCUUGGACAGACUAUCUCCGUCUCACUAUUGGUGGAACUCUGUCCAAUGCUGGGAUCAGUGGGCAAGCAUUCCAGCACGGACCACAGAUCAGUAAUGUCUACCAGCUAGAAGUUGUCACAGGAAAAGGAGAAGUGAUGAACUGUUCAGAGAAACAGAAUGCAGACCUGUUUUACAGUGUCCUUGGAGGACUGGGUCAAUUUGGGAUCAUAGCCCAUGCUAGAAUUGCUCUUGAACCUGCACCCAAGAUGGUGAAAUGGAUAAGAGUUUUAUACUCAAACUUCUCCAAAUUUUCCGAGGACCAGGAGUAUUUAAUAUCUGCUGAGAAUACCUUUGACUACAUUGAAGGAUUUGUGAUCAUAAACAAGACAGGUUUACUUAAUAACUGGAGAUCUUCCUUCAAUCCUCAAGACCCAGUUCAAGCCAGACAAUUCAACUCAGAGGGCAAGACUCUCUAUUGCCUAGAAAUGGCCAAAAACUUCAACCCAGACGAGAAUGACAUCAGGAACCAGGAAGUGGAAAGCCUUUUGUCUCAACUAAGAUAUAUUCCAUCAACGCUUUUCCUAACAGAGGUCUCAUACCUGGACUUCCUAGACAGAGUGCAUGAAUCUGAGAUAAAGCUCCGUUCGAAAGGCCUGUGGGAAGUUCCACACCCAUGGCUCAAUCUUCUAAUUCCAAGAACCAGAAUCCAUGAAUUUGCUGAAGAGGUCUUUGGAAACAUUCUUAGAAAUACUAGCAAUGGUCCUAUUCUCAUUUAUCCACUUAACAAAUCCAGGUGGGACGGCAGGACUUCUGCAGUAACCCCAGAGGAAGAUAUUUUCUACCUAGUGGCAUUCCUUUCCUCAGCAGUGCCUGCUUCCACAGGAACCGAUGGUUUGGAACACCUUUUAACCCAGAACAAAAGAAUUCUAGACUUCUGUGAAACAGCUCGCCUUGGGAUGAAGCAGUAUCUACCUCAUUACACCAACCAGGAAGAGUGGCAAACGCACUUCGGCCCUCAUUGGGAAAUCUUCGUGCAACGAAAAUCUGCGUACGACCCUUUAGCUAUCCUUGCUCCUGGCCAGAAGAUUUUUCAAAAGCAAUACCAUUCUCAUAAUAUUGGCCUUCCAUAUAACCAAUACUUACAAAAAGGGCAAUUAAAGCAUAUAACCAAGAACGACAGGGUAUUGUAAGAUCCUCACAACUAAAUUGAACAAUUUCUCGAGCCUCCACUACAACUGUCACAGAAAAGGGGAGGCUGUGGAAUGCUUCAGUUUUUGUUGAUUAAGCUGGUCAAUACAUCAAUUAUGUAAUUAGUAAAUUGAAUUUCAGAAA